GAUCUAUUAAUUUUUGUUAAUUUGAACUUGUAUGAAAAUAACAACUUAUGUCUAGAAUUUUUUAGCAAAGCUACUGCUAUUUGCUAUUAUUUUGGAACUUUCCUGUGGAAUAGAGGGAGGGACUCGCAAAAACUAAACACUGUUACUUUGGAUAAAUCACAAACCAGAAAAAUCGAAAUUCCAUGGUUUCCAUGGCCAGAGUCCCCCAGCUCGUCCUCUCCCCAAUGCCUCGCCCGCCAAUCUCAACCUCCUUCCUUUCCUCUUCGCUUAAUUUCCUAAUCAGAAACCCUAGACUCCACCUCCACCACCACCACCACCACAACCAAAGCUUAAUUCCCAAAACACCCUCGCCGUUAUCGUGCUAUAGAAAUGGCAGCACCCCACCUUCAGAAACAAAGUGCCCUGUUCCAGUAGACCAGCAGCCGGUGAACGAGUACGAGAGCCUCUCUGCCUCCUUCCCCUUCUCGUGGGCUUCUGGGGAUUUGGUUCAGUACUCUUCUCGUCUGUUAACCACCGGCGUUUCCUUCACUCUCUUCGUGGGUCUUCCCGUCGCCUGGUUCGGUGCCGUUGGGCCUGAGUCGGAGCCGGUGAAGCGGGUUCUAGGAGCUGUUUCAAGUGGCAUCUUUGUGGUGACUCUUGCAGUUGUGAGGAUGUACUUGGGAUGGGCCUAUGUGGGCAAUCGUUUGCUUAGUGCCACAGUUGAAUAUGAAGAAACAGGAUGGUAUGAUGGUCAGAUCUGGGUGAAGACAGCUGAAGUUUUGGCACGUGACCGGCUUUUGGGUUCAUUUUCAGUAAGUAGUUAUUCGUAUUGGGCAGAUUCAGUGUAUUUCCCUUAUUUCUUUUUUCUAGUUGUUCAAUGUAUUCAAUUAUCUGAUGCUGCAAAUCCAUGUCAAAAGCUAUGGAUGAAAACCACAUUGACUGUAACGGGAAAUAGAACACAGAAAAUAGUAAUAAUCUUAGAAAUUGAAAUAUUAAAUUUUUGCCUUGUAUACUUUGUUGUGCCUGUUGUAGCUAACGGAUCUACUUUCCAAACCAUUAAACUUGUCCUGGAUCUGCAGGUUGGGUGCUUUUUGUGCAUUGAAGCAUGAGGAGCCUAUUGUGCAUUGUUUUCCUUCUUUUCUUUCAGACUCUGUUAAAUGUUUAACUACACAUUAUGUCAUUGUCAUGGAAAAAAGAAAAAAAAAAUUGUGAGUUUAGUAUUGUUUUACCCGUUUAGUGUUGUUUUACCCCCUUCGCCAGAAAUCUUGGCUUUGCCCUUUUGACAAAGCCACCACCAAUUUCGUCUUUUUUUAGUAGAAAAUAUGUGGAGGAAGAUUUGAUGGCAUAUAAUUACUUUGGUGAAGGUUUUUGAUACGCCCAAAAUUGGUAUGCCCAAAGUUGAUAAGUAUGCUCAUAAAGGCGAGCAGUUGUAAGGCCAGUAUUUAAUAGCAUUUGGUGUCUUGCAUUACUGCCUUUAGGUUAUCCACAACCCCUUAUGUGGUUACAAGAGUUGCUAUUGACCUUUAGGUUAUCCAUAACCCCUGUUGCUGUUACAAGAGUUGCUAUUGAUGUCUUGCAUACCCACUCUUGAGUUACCCGUAACCCCCCAAGACAUAAUAUGGCACGUUCAUAACUCCCAAGAUGAAGGAGAGCCUACUUUCACCACUAUAAAUAAGGGAUCUUAGGAAUAGGUAAGCAUCUUCUUCUCUUUCACUUUUUUUUUUACUAUUGCAACCUAAAGCGUUCCACAGUUUCUAACUUAGGCAUCAAAGUGAUCUCCUGGAGUACACCUUAGGUCUCCCAAGCCAUUAUUAUUUAAUUCCUUUUAGUGGUCACGGUUGAAAGAUGAUCUACAAAAGCCGUUUGAUUUUUGGCAGCAACAUUUUGUUUUAGUAUGCAAUGUCAAAGACAUUGUUUCUUUUUAAACUUCAAAAUUAUCUGUUCUCAACUUACACUUCGGAGUGAACAUGCUUUUCAAGUUUUUGAGCUGAUAUUUUUAAAUUAUUGUGUUGCACAUGUUUUAUCUUGAGAUCAUUCAGGAUAUUAUGAGGAACUUGUAAGCAUCAGAGAUGAAUUGUUGAGGCAAUGUAUUAGAUUACAUACUAGGUAGGAAUUCUAAAUCCAUAUAUAAAAUGUUUGAAGAUCAUAUUACUCAGUUCAUUUCUCUUGCUGCAUCCAUAGGUAAAGCCUGUGUUGAGCAGAUUAAAAUUCACUCUUGUGGGGCUUGCGGCAUCCUUGCUCAUAUGUAUUCUCCUUCUGACUAAUAUUGAGGGUAGUCAAAAGGAUGUCUACUUAUCCAAAGAAGCUGGGGGUAGAGCCAUAGCUGGAGUUUACAAUGACAAGUCUGCAAGAGCAUUUGAGCCUGAUGCCUUCUGUGGUGAACCUGGUCUGCCCUAGCUCUGUUGGUCAUUGAACUGAUGUUAGUAAUUUGCCCUGCCUGGUAUAUAUGUAUAUAGGAGCAUAUCAAGUACCAUUUCUGUACAGUUAUUUAUAUCGCUGUAUAGGCCCCCCCUGUAAUUUCUUCAAUCAUAGCUUUACCCCUUGUUUGACAAAUGAUGUAUGUGAAGUUUGCAGUAAGAUUUAGUUAUUGCAAAUGAUCAUUGUAAUGUGAAGAUCUACAAAAAACAAUUGAAAGUUACCAUCUUGUUCUUCCUUUCA